UGUCCAGAUGGAGGCGCUAUAAGGCUCACUUUUCUCCUGCUGCUUCAUUCCAAUGGAGAACCCCCUUGCUGCCCGCUGCAGAAAGAAGAUGGGCACAGCUUUAGUGCACGACGAAGAGAUGACUCGCUACAAACUGCUGUGGUUUGAUCCAGCCUGUGCGAUCGAGACCCCCGAGCGUCUGACAGUGAGUCACGAAGCCUUGGUCAGGACCGGCCUGGCUGCUCGAUGUGUUCCUACACCUGUCCGAGAGGCCUCGGAUGAUGACAUUCUACUAGUGCACAGCAAGGAGUACCUAGACGCAGUGAAGAAGACCCCCUACAUGACUCUAGAUGACCUCAAGGAGUUCACCCUACAUUACGGGGACGUGUACUUUCACCCAAACAUCUAUCACUGUGCCAAAUUGGCUGUGGGCGCCGCGUUGCAACUGGUAGAUGCCGUUAUGACCGGGAAGGUGAGAAAUGGCAUGGCUUUGGUCAGACCCCCAGGACAUCACAGCAUGCGCAGUGCUGCCAGUGGAUUCUGUGUCUUCAACAAUGUGGCCAUAGCAGCCAAGUACGCCCAGCAAAAAUAUGCUGUUCAAAGAGUGCUAAUAGUCGACUGGGACAUACAUCAUGGUCAAGGGGUGCAAUAUGCCUUUGAGGACGAUCCAAGUGUGCUUUACUUCUCCUGGCAUCGCUAUGAGCACCAGGAAUUCUGGCCUAAUCUCAGAGACUCAGACUAUGACUGUGUGGGCAAGGACAACGGUGCUGGCUUCACUAUAAAUGUGCCAUGGAACAAGAUUGGAAUGCAGAACAGCGACUACUUGGCCGUCUUCUGUCACGUCCUCCUGCCGGUCGCCUACGAGUUUGGCCCUGAGCUGGUGUUGGUGUGUGCAGGCUUUGACUCCGCCAUCGGCGACCCAGAGGGUGAAAUGUGUGCCACCCCGGACGUCUUCGCCCACCUCACUCACCUGCUGAUGAACCUGGCCGGGGGGAAAUUAUGUGCCGUUUUGGAGGGAGGAUACAACCUGACUUCACUCAGCCAGUCUGUGUGUCUCACUGUUCAAAGUCUGCUUGGCGACCCUCCGCCCCGGCCCACGGACCUCCAAGGACCCUGUCAAAGUGCUCUGGAGUCCAUUCAGUGCGUGCGCUCCGCCCAUCGCAAGUACUGGUCCUGCCUUCAACAUGCAGCGGAAAGACCCUCCUCAGAUGUGAGCACUAAGCUAGAAGCAAGUGGAGAGGCAAGAGUUAGCAAAGCUGACUUAGUGUGGCCCCAGCCUGCCAGACACCUUCCUCCUGCCUUGGGCACCGCAGCAGUGAUCCCUGAGGACCUGCUUUGUCCCCUCGGCUGCUUCAGGUUCCCCCGAGACCCCCACUCACAAAGAGAUGUGGAUGUUUCUACGUGGUCCAGCCUCACUCCAAGAAGAGAUGUGGAUGUUUCUACGUGGUCCAGCCUCACCGCACUUGUGGGGAGACUGGAGAAGAAUGAGAUCAGAAACGGCUUGGCCUUGGUGAGUGACGUCUCCAUGGCGAUGGCGCAUGUCUUCGGGCACACUCCCAAACAACGAGUUUUGGUGGUGUGUGUUGGAGACACUGAAGUCCUGAGUGGCCUACCAGAGGACGGGAAAACACUUACAGUGCACUUCAGCAAGGAGGCGCUAGACAAGCCCAGGUGCAAAUAUUACAUCCCGGUGUGUCUGAAGAAGAGCUUGAUGCAGGCCGCCUGCAGCCUCCUCCUGCCACUCAGCUACCAGUACGACCCCGACCUGGUCCUGCUGGCCCGGGUGCCAGGGAGCCACGUGGACCAGAGCGAGUGGCAGCAGCUUGUAGGCCUCCUGCAGGGUCUGGCUGGGGGUCACAUGCUGGUGCUCAUUCAGGAAGGUGAAAAGACUCUUGUGGGGCCGACAGCGUCCUCCCUCUCUGGGAGCCCCGCCUCCUCUCUGGGGCCACUUCCUGCUCCAGGAGCUGAGGACAUUGAGGCGCUGGAGAGCCUGAAAUGGCGGCUGACGACUGACUGGAAGCUACUGCAGACGUGCAAAGACUUUACUGCUUGUUGUUCAACAAAAGCAGCAACAACAUGACAUGCAUUAACACAAAAGCAUUCACCACUUUGCUCAACAUCUCUUUUACAUGUGGACCACCACCCACAUCUCUUUUACAUGUGGACCACCACCCACAUCUCUUUUACAUGUAUGCUAGCAUGUGGACCACCACCCACAUCUCUUUUACAUGUAUGCUAGCAUGUGGACCACCACCCACAUCUCUUUUACAUGUGGACCACCACCCAUAUCUCUUUUACAUGUAUGCUAGCAUGUGGACCACCACCCACAUCUCUUUUGCAUGUAUGCUAGCAUGUGGACCACCACCAGCAUCUCUUUUACAUGUAUGCUAGCAUGUGGACCACCACCCACAUCUCUUUCAACGUAUGCUAGCAUGUGGACCACCACCCACAUCUCUUUUACAUGUAUGCUAGC